AUGGGUGACGUUUCUGAUGAAAUCGAAACUUAGUCUCUGCCGUGGAAGGAGAGCUAACAUGAAACCAGAAGAGUUACCGGGCUAGGGCUGUUUUCUCAUAUUUUAUUGCACUUCAGAAGCUAAUCGUAUUCAAAAUGGAUUCUGCAAACUACGUGGCGAGGCUGAACGAAUACGCACAAAAAGAGCGGCUGGAGCUGAAGUAUGAGGAAGUUGGAUAUGUUGGACCUGACCACAUUAGAACGUUUACUUUGAAAGCUGUUGUGAAUGGAAAGCCAUACCCUGAAGGUGUGGGGAAGAACAAGAAAGAAGCCAAACAGAGUGCUGCUAAAAAUGCCUUGAUAAGCUUGUUAGAUGAAACUUCAGUUUCUACAGGAAGUGUUGCAGAAGUUUCUUCUCCUCAGAUUCAGGUGAAAACUAAUUACAUGUGUUGGUUGAAUGAAUAUGGACAAAGUAAUAGGCUCAUGAUAAGGGCUGUGGAGAAAAUCACACCUGGACCCAAUAAUUUAUCUCAGUAUUGUAGGUUUGUGGUGGGAGACAAGGAGUUUCCAGCUGCUUAUGGGAAAACCAAGAAGGAAGCCAGGGAGGAAGCUGCCCGCCUGGUGCAUCAUGAGAUAUUAGGCAAUGAAACCUUAGAUACUGGAGAUGAUCGGGACAGCGGCACAUCAAGUCUGCCUUAUGAGGAAGUUGUCUCAGAUACCAGUAAUCGUGCCAAGCGGUUGAGCCUACAGUCUGAAGACAGCAUGCUCACAGAAACAAACUUCAUUGGACUGGUCAAUUAUCACUGUCAGAAAACAAGGAGCACCUGUACGUUUGUAGAAGAGAAAAGAAGUGGCCCCUCUCAUAACCCAAUAUUUUUCUACAAGUUAUUGAUUAACAACGUGCCGUACUCCGUUGGUGAGGGCAAGAGCGUCAAGGAUGCCAAACAGAAUGCAGCUCGAUUGGCCUUGUCUGCGCUGAAGGAGCGGUCAGACUGGGACAGCAAGGUAGCUGGGUUUGAUGAUUGCACACAAGCCAAGCAGUCACCUCCAACAAGCACACUGGACUCUGGUCACACAAAAUCAGGCCUGGUGGAAUCAGCCACAAGCGAAUCAAUUGUUUUUAAGGAUUCAUCAAACCCACCCAAACAUCAGGUGAUAAGUCCAGUUGUGAAGCCUAAAAUAAAAAUUGCUGCAAUUUUUCCAAAUGUCAAUGAGAGCAGUAAAGAGGAUAUGGUAAAUUUCAAACCCAAUCAGAGAGGAAAUCUUCAGAGUGUAAAAUCGCCAACUCAGACAGUUUCAAGUUUCAGCAGAUUUGCAACAGACUAUGAAUCCAUAGAACAACUUGAUAAAGGAGCUUUUGGUCGUGUGUUUAAGGCGAAACGUAAACUGGAGGGAAAAUAUUACGCUGUAAAGAUUGUGCGCUACAAAGAAAAAACUCUGGAGGAGGUGAAGGUUUUGUCGGAGCUGAAUCACUGUAACAUCGUUCGGUACCACUCCUGCUGGCUGGAGGACACGGCCUACCACUGGGACCCUUCCACUGACAGCAGCAGCUCUUCACAAUCUUCCAUUGACCUGUCUACGAAGUAUCUCUACAUUCAGAUGGAGUUGUGUGAGAUUAAAACACUGCGGUUUUGGAUAGAUGAGAAAAACAUCCAGAACCCUAAAAAAUCCCUCAGAGACUCCAGGAGAAGAGAAGAGAGUGUGGAUAUUAUGGUGCAAAUGGUCAGCGGAGUCGAGCACAUUCACUCCGAGAUGCUCAUCCACAGAGACUUGAAGCCCGCUAACAUCAUGUUCAAUCGGAACGGCACGGUGAAGAUCGGAGACUUUGGUCUCGUCACAUCUGAGAUUGAAGAUGAUGCAGAGAACCAGAAGGAGAGAAGAGGCUACAAAGGAACUCCAUCUUACAUGGCGCCUGAGCAGAAGGAACGGAGGCUUUAUGACCGGAAGGUCGACAUAUUUGCUUUGGGUCUUAUAUUUUUUGAAGUCCUUUGGAACAUACCCACUAUCCACGAGAAAGAAAAGAUGUGGGCUGAUGUCAGAAACCAGAAGUUUCCUCAACUAUUUCUGCAUCAUUUCUCUCAUGAGAGCCAAAUGAUAAAAUCGAUGCUGUGUGGUAAACCAGAAGAACGACCGGAAGCAAGUAAAAUAAAAACGGAUUUAGAGCAGCACAAAUGGUUGCUUGCAGAGCUUAAAACCAAGCAGCUUGACAGCAAGACAGUAAUCUGAUUACUUCACAGACACAUUUGGAGCCCUGACAAGGAUGAAUUAUUCAUUUAGUGACCAUUUAUGUUGGACUCAAGUUUUUUUUAACUAAUGCAUUGAAACUCUUUUAAAGAUGAAAUAUAUUUCUAAAUGCUUGAGCUUAUUGAUUCGAUUUAAGUACAUUUGAAACACAAGAUCCUGGAAAUUCUGAACUUGAAUUUUUUUAAAGUAUUUGCUUUUAUGACAAAAUCACAUUCAUGCAAAAUAAAUGUUUAGUGAUUAAAAACAGAAUGUGAAAGAAAAUGUUCCACAUUAUGCAAACUUUAAACUCUCAGAACAUUUUCUGAUUGUGAAGUGCAAAUAAUUAACCACAUUUGUGCUUUUGAUGUGGACAUGUCCUUGGUCCAUUAUAUUCAGCAAAAGUCAAAAGUUCACAUACACUUUGGAUCUGCAUGAAUCUCUUUCAUUCUGAUAUUUAUGAUUCAUUUGAAUCAUGUUUUUCCCGUGGUGGAUUUGAUAAUAUAACCACAACUCCAGUGUUGUUUUUUAGAAAUAUGGCUAUUUAUUUAUUGCUAAAUUCUCUUUUAUUCAAACAGUCACUUUCAUACAAACUCAAAUAUAUACAUUCACCCCUUCCAGUAUUUGGUCAAAUGUCUCUUAGAAAGAUAUCCCUAAACCACAGAGUUUUUGUAACCAUCCACAAACUUCUGGCAAAGCUGUCUGGAUAUUUGAAUCUUCAUUUUUGCAGAAAUAGUGGAGUUUAAUUUAAACUGGUUAGUUUGUUGACACAGACCUGGUUAAGUUUAGAAAUCAUUAAGAUGGUCAAAGUCAUCGCAAGAGCUUAUUGUUCGCUUGCUUUCCUCACUUGAAACAUGUCUGCAUGUCAUGUUCGUCGAGCUGGGUCCAGCCCUCUGACUCAAACUGUUAUCCUUGAAGGAGUCAGUAUAGAGUCUGGGUUUGCUAGUGGUCUGUGUUAAUACAUUUUGUAUUUAAAUGCAUUAUUAGUGUGUAACUACACAGUAAUAACAAGAAUAGAAAAUUAGGAAAAAAAAUAGAAAAAUAGAAACUCCAUAUGGACUCGGGGUGCUCAACUAGUCCAGUCUUCAAGAGCUGCUAUCUUGCAACUUUUAGAUGCAUCCCUUCUCCAACACAGCUGCAUCAAACAUUGAAACACCUUGCAAACACAUGAAUGAUGCAAACUCUAAAACAUACAAACAGACUCCCCCAAAAAAAGAAUCAACAGAGAAAUGCUGCAACCACUGAAAAUAGGAGCAAAAGAGAAAGUGCCACAAACCGCAAGAACCACAGCAUGUAUAAAACACUUCAAACUUGCUCCACAAAAUAGAAGUGGUCCAGGUGGAGUCUGGAGUAGACUGGAGUCUGGAGUACAUAUAUGCUGCUGUUGUAUAAUUUUGAAAAAGGCAAAGCAUAAUGCACCUUUUCUUGUUUUGGGCAUAAUGUUAAAUUGUAACAUUUUGUCUUUACUGACAAUUGAGUCCCAUACUAUUUUGGUGGUCAACUCCCCCUACUGGUCUGUUGCACUUCUGCUUUGUGGAGUUUGCAACAUUUUUAUACUUGCUGUUGUUUUUGCUGUUUGGUGCAGUAGAAAAAAUUCUACCGUUGCAGCACUUUUCUUUUGUAAAAUGUUUUCUGUUGCAUUUUUUUUCUUAUGUUUUGGCGUUUGCACUGUUUAUGUGUUUGCAAAGUGUUUCACCGCUUGUUACGUGUUUGCACCUUUUAGAUAAGCCAGUGAGCUUUGCAGAGAGCUAGUGACCAGUUAUUCAUUUGAUUCAGGUGUGUAGGACAGGGGAUACAUCUAAAAGUUUCACCAUGGUAGCUCUCGAGGACUGGUUUUGCGUACUCCUCUUUUAUAUCUUGACUUCAAAUCAACAAGGAGUCAGAGCUGGAUGUUCCAGACAAGAAGAAAUACCCCAAACACAAAGGAAAAGUGGUUUGGGUGAAGAUAAAGAAGGACUAUUAUUAACCUUUUGAAAUAGCUUAAUAGCUAUAGAAAAUGAUGGAAUUACUCUUACAAUUCAGGCUUGUGCCAGUAAACUAACCAAUUUAAAUUAACUCUACCUUUUCUCAUAUGAAAAUAUGUCAAAUAUUCAGAGAUUUAUACCAGAAGCUUGUUGAUGGCUACUAACAUCAUAUGGUUGAGGUGCAACUUCCUUAGGGACAUUUAAUCAAGUAUUUUUAAGUGUGUAUGAAUAUAUUUGAGCCUGCACGAAUGACUUUCUUUGUGUAAAAGGAAUACUGUAAUUGAAGCAGCAUACAUUACUAAUUGUAUAUGCUUUGCAAACAAUAGUAAUUAUUUCUGCAGGUUUGAGUUGUAGUCACCACUGAAUAUGAGAUGGGGAGCAGAGAGAGAUGCUCCCCAUCUCUCUCUGCUCUGCUCACACCUCUCUACAUAUAAAUUAGCUUAAGCAGUUAAGCAAAUGUCAACACAAAAUUCUAGAUAAUGUCCCAGCUCUUAAAUUAUACCCAAAUGAACAACAAAUAAAACGUUGUGAGAUAGUUUAUUGUAAUUAAGCCAAUCUAAGCAAGUUGCCUGACCUCACAUUCAGAAAGUUUUUAUGAAAAUCUUUGGUAGGUGAUAAAUGUACAAUACAUUUAAUAAUUUUUCUCUAGUUUCAAAUACAGUUGAUAAUUUUCUGUUACUUUUACAAAUAAACAAACAUUCUCUAUUUUUCACAUGUUCUCACAUCAAAUCAAUAAGCUCUUGCAUUUUGAGGAAUAUUCAUAACCAUUAAUCAUGACUAUGUGUUGUGUGAUGAGGUGUUUUGAGUCUGACACUUUACUUGAUAAAAGAGAAUAAUGGAUUCCGUUUUAUCAGGAGUGGUUUUUAACAAAAAUAUCAUUGCGAGAAAAUAAUCAUGUUUUGGGGUUUAUAUAUCAGCUUGUUUAAGAUCAAUUUAAUACUAUUUCUGGCAGUUUUAUGAUGUUGCAUCACAACAUUUUUUUAUUGUAAUGAAAGACCAAACUGGAAAAUAAAACCAUGGGAAAUUUAUGA